AUGAAUGCUCACAUCGCCUGUUGGCGAGCCCUUGAGCUCCUUGCGCUCAUCGCACUCCCGGAGAAUGAUGCUCUCCAUGAUCGCCGGGUCCAUGCGCCUCUCGUAGAUCUCGCUCACCUCCGCCCACAUCUCAGUGCCGGUAUCCAAGUCGACCUGCUGCAAGCAGUGUGGCGGUAUUGCCGACGCAACCAUGCGCUGGAUCUUGCACUGCUGGUGAUCAAAAGCUAUCUUCCCUUUCGCAGUGCUGAGUUGGUCUCUCUUGAGCCUGCCCUCCGCGAUGUUGAGGAUCCCAUACUCCUCCGUCGUCCGCAGAAGCCACUUGCGCUGACGCCAAUCGAUCUCUUCGCCGUCACGAACUGGUGGAAAGCUGCUGGACCACCGGUCUUUGGCCUUGUCCAAGAACACCAGCAUGUUCUCGCGUUGUUGAUCAAUUGUUCCUUGGCGUUGUAUUGUUAUUCCCCUAGCGCGACUCGCUUGGGCUUAUAA